AUGGAGGGGGCGGGGUGGAGAGUGAAGCUGUACCAGCUGAACGACGAGGGGCAGUGGGACGACAGGGGCACGGGGCACAUCUCUUGCCGGGCGGUGGAGAGCCUGGGAGGCACGGCGCUGGUGGUGCUCGCGGAGGAAGACGGCAGAGAGCUGAUGCAGUCCAAGGUGGUAGACGAAGACGUGUAUCAGCGACAAGGGGACAACAUCAUCACUUGGUGCGAAGCCCCCCCUCUCAUCGGAGCCGCCAACAGCGGCGUGGCCGCUGCGCGCGGGGCGGCCGGGGUGGACCUCGCGCUCAGCUUUCAGGAGAACGUGGGAUGCCUCGAAAUCUGGGACCAGAUCUGCGACGUCCAGGGACGGUUUGGGAACGAGUACGGCCGGCCUAGGGGAGGGGGGGAGGUGGCGGUGCCCUUGCCGGACCCCAAGAUGGACACGCUGGGAGCGAGCGGAGAGUACGUGGGCAAGCUGUUGAAGGUGUUCAACGACUGCGAAGACCUGGAUGACGAGGAGUCUCUCCGUGUGCUCUGCCACAUCUUUAAGGCUAUCGUGGGGCUCAACGACGGGACCCUGUUGGAGGUGCUUCUGGCGGACAACUUGUUCGUGGACAUGGCGGGCGUGUUCGAGUACGACCUGGAGCUGAAGGAGAAGGGGGACCACAGAAAAUUCCUCACGCAAACGGCGUCGUUCAAGCAGGUGCUGCCGAUACCGGACGAGGAGGUGGUACAGAAGAUUCACCAGAACUUUCGGAUAACCUUCCUGAAGGAUGCGCUGCUAAGGCCGAUGAUGGACGACGCGGUCGUGGGGACGCUCAACUCCCUCACGUACUUCAACAACACGGAGAUCGUGCAGAGCUUGCAGCACACGGACUACGUGCGGGACGUGUUCCUGCUGCUGAACGAGCCGGAGAACGGGAGAGGGGGCCAGAAGCGGCGGGACAUCCUCAUGUUCCUCAGAGAGCUCUUCAACAUGGCCAAGACCCUGCAGGUUGCGCCAAGAGAUGCGUUUUACCGGCACCUGUGGGACGAGGUUCCGCUCUUCGAGGUGUUCAUACCGGUGUUGAAAGACCCCGACGCGAGUGUCAUGGAGAGGACGGCGUGCAUGGAGGUGCUGCUGGCCUCGCUGACACACGAUCCGGCGCUGUUUCGGACGCACAUCCUCAAAGAGGGCGGGCACCCUCUCUUGCCCCCGACGGUUAACAACCAGGCGAAGAGCACAUCCUCCGCGGCGGGGGGGGGGUUGGGGUCGGGGGCGAAGAUCUGCCGCAUGGCCUUAGACACGGAGACGAUGGAGGGGCAGCCCGACCGGGAUACCUUCCUUGGAGUGUUCUACGAACACUACGUGCACUGGCUGGUGGAACCUUUCUGGGUGGGGGAUCUCUCCAACGAAGGGAUGGGAGCCAACGGCGAGGUCGCACGCGGCUCUUCGAAGGGGGGAAAGGGGGACGGCAAAGCGGGAGGGUUUCGGCAGGGUGGGGUGGGUAGCGAUAGUAGCAGUAGUGGUUGUGCGGCGGGCGGUUCGGGGGGGGGUGACGCGAGAUCGAAGAUGAGGAUGCUGCAGGUGUCGCGGGGGCACAUCUGCGACCUGCUCUCGUUCUGCGUCCGAAGCCACACCUUCCGCAUGAAGUACUUCGUGCUCAGGAAUAACGUGGUGUCCCGAGUGCUGCGACUGCUUUCCUGCAACGACAAGUACCUGCAGCUGUCUGCGGUGCGGUUCCUUCGGAGCUGCGUGGGGAUAAAGGACGAGUUUUACAACAGGUACUUGGUGAAAAACAACCUCCUGGCACCGGUCUUCGCGCUGUUCCGGGAGAACAGAGGGCGGGACAACCUCAUCAACUCGGCCGUUAUCGAGCUCGUUGAGAGGUAA